AUGCAAGAGGCUAGAAUACGAUCUGCCGCCCGCGAAGACGUGCCACUUCUACUGGCAAUGAUGCGGGCAACAGCAGCAGAACAAAACAACACAGAGGCAGUUAUAGCAACAGAAUCCGAUCUCUCGAAUGCACUGGGAUUUGGCCCUGAAAGCCAAGGUGUGCAUACCGGGCAGGCCUUAGUUGUUGAAAGUCCGGACGGCGAGGUUGCCGGUAUGGCAUUCUAUUUCACAACAUUUGUCGCAUGGGCUGCGAAGCCUGGGAUCUGCCUGGAGGACCUCUAUGUGUAUCCACAGUAUCGCUGUCGAGGGUAUGCACGGCUCUUAGUCCAGGGUGUUGCAAAGAAGGCUGAAGAGCUUGGUUGCGCCAGGAUAGAAUGGCUCUGUUAUAAACAGAAUGACCGCGCCUUGAGAUUCUACUGGAGUAUCGGCGCGAAGGAAAUGGAUAGUUUAAUACUCUUAAGACUUGAUGGAGAUUCGAUGGCCAGUUUCGCGAAUGAGACUAUCAGUUAA